AGACCAGGAUGGACGGCAAGACAGUGAUCGUGACCGGCUGCACCAGCGGUAUAGGCCGGGAGACGGCCAAGGAGUUGGCCAAGCGGGGCGCUACCGUCAUCAUGGCUUGUAGGAAUAUUGAGGCGGCUGAGAAGGUUAAAGAGAAAAUCAUCGACGCCACAAAGAACUCCAAAGUCGAAGUGAAGAAACUGGACCUGAGUUCAUUUUCUUCCAUCCGCGCUUUCGCCGAAGACAUCAACAAAAACGUCCAAAAACUGGACGUGCUCAUCCACAACGCUGGAUACGCUGAAACCUUCAAGAGAAACAAGUCUCAGGAUGACAUUGAACUAACAAUGGCUACCAAUCAUUACGGUCCUUUCUUGCUAACACAUCUUCUCAUUGAUUUAUUGAAGAAAAGCGCGCCAUCACGGAUUAUCGUCGUCGCUUCUUCCCUGUACCGUCUAGCCACGUUUAAUCUUGAAAACCCGAACCCAACAUCAACUUUACCAGGCUAUUUGUACUACGCGUCGAAGGAAGCAAAUAUCCUCUUCACCAAAGAGCUGGCAAGACGUUUAGAAGGUACCGGAGUUACAGCCAACUGUCUUCAUCCAGGCAUGAUUGACAGUGGAAUUUGGAGGUCUGUCCCCGUGCCUUUAAGCUGGGGUCUCUGGGCUAUCAAUAAGUGCUUCUUCAAGACGCCGUUCCAGGGAUGUCAGACGUCAGUUAUGCUGGCUGUAGAUGAACAGCUUGAGAAGGUUACUGGGAAGUAUUAUUCGGAUUGUGCUGAGAGCGCGUUGUCGGAGUCGGUUUCUGAUCCGCAAAGGGCGAGGAAGCUUUGGGAAGUGUCGGAGAAGAUGGUGAAGCUUGAGGAGAAUGAGCCGAGGAUUGAAGCAGGAGUACAGCAAUAAGAGCAUAUUGAA